AGUGACAGCUAUCGCACUAUCGAGGUUCGCCCGAACUCGAUAUCGACGAGAUAUUCGAGGAAAUGAUCCGCGCCCGCCGGGUAUUGUCUUGCACGACCUUUUGUUGCACACACUGUUGCGGCGGAACUUAGUCGAGUUUGCGAUAGCGCAUUAAUUGGUCGCGCGGAAAAUUUGAUCGGCGGGGUUAUUUUCCCAAAACCAACAGCUGUGUUGAGCGUAGCUUGCGCUGAAGACAGGGUUGACGUGCAGGAAUUUGCGAGUGUUACGAGGCAAGAAAGCUCGAAGAAAAUUGCGUGAUUUAUUAGUUGCACAGUUUGGUAACGCGCGGUAAUAGCCCUUGCCGUGGGCUAAUUUGAUCCGAGGAAGGUGUGGCCAGCGGUGAAGGGAGAACCGUUGUUAGCUAAUAAUACAUUCUUGCUUGGAAGGUGCUUUUCGAGUGAAGAAAUCGUUGAGUAAUCACUCGGGGAAUCGUUUUGGGGGAUAUCCCACUUGAAGGUCUUCGUUAUACCCGGGGUGAGAGAUCCACGAGGGGACUUCCCGCCCGUCUUUGGAUCCAACUCAGUCGCUGCUGUCCGUUAGCGUUGCGCGUUUCAUCUACUAGCCAAUUGGUCACGUAUCGUUUACUGUGUAAUUAGUCCGGUCGUUCAACAAAAAAUGACAUGACAAGUUUCGCGUGCUGUCGUCGUGCUCCGAACGAGCGGAAAUGGUUAGCUUGCCAGCUGUUCUGAGCGAGCUGAAUUGUUCCGGGUUCAAAGCUAGAUCGAAGAAGACGUUUCGCAAAACUACGACGGAUUCCAUCCGGGAGGAAACCGAGGAGGAGCAAGAAUCGAGUGGACACAGUCGUGCCGACAGCUGUCGAAGGUUCCGUUUUCAGCGGAGAAAGUCCUUCGUUGUAGACUCGGACAGUGGGGACAGCGGCCCGGAAUUUCUUACCGCGGAGAAAAUGCACCACACUAGCGCUACCAACACUAGCAGCACGAACCUCGCGGCGUACGACGACGGAUCCGCGGCCGCUUCCGUGCAUCAAGUGAAGAUCGUACCGAUAAAGGCGAUCGGGAUCAUUAUUCACGAUAUACGACCAAGUAAGAACACACAGCACCCAAGUUUCCUUGUGUCGUGUGCCGUUUCUUCACUAACUGCCACCACCACCACCACUACCUCAUUCAGCGCGUUCUAG